UCCUGUGGAGGAAGUGGAUCUUGUGAAGGAGUCUCAACUACAGACUGUUUAUAAAAAGGUCUCAACCUUAGUUCUCCAGGUGUGUGACUGUAACGAUGCCGUAUGCGAACCAACCGACGGUGAAAAUCACUGACCUCUCAGACGAAAAUGUCAAGUUCGUCAUUGAAAACACCGACUUAGCGGUGGCAAAUUCCAUCCGUCGUGUCUUCAUGUCAGAGGUUCCCACUAUAGCAAUAGAUUGGAUCCAGAUCGAUGCCAAUUCCUCAGUACUGCACGAUGAGUUCAUAGCACACAGAGUUGGUCUCAUACCUCUCACAAGUGAUGACAUUGUGGACAAGCUGCAGUAUUCUAGGGACUGUACCUGUGAUGAUUUCUGUCCAGAGUGUUCUGUUGAGCUGACACUGGACGUUCGAUGCACAGACGAUGCGACACGCCACGUCACCUCACGUGAUCUUCUGUCCAACAACCCCAGAGUAAUCCCGGUGACUUCCAGGAGUCGAGACAAUGAUCCCAAUGACUAUGUCGAACAAUAUGACAUUUUGCUGGUGAAGCUUCGUAAAGGUCAGGAGCUGCGACUCAGGGCAUACGCAAAGAAAGGCUUUGGUAAGGAGCACGCCAAGUGGAACCCAACAGCAGGGGUGUCCUUCGAGUAUGACCCAGACAACGCACUACGGCACACAGUCUUCCCACGACCUGAGGAGUGGCCAAAGAGUGAAUAUUCAGAGAUUGAGGAGGAUGAGGUUCAGGCUACCUUUGACCCUAAUGGAAAACCAGAAAGAUUCUUUUACAACGUGGAGUCAUGCGGCUCUCUGCGGCCAGAGACCAUCGUCAUGUCAGCACUGGCCGUCCUCAAGAAGAAACUGAGUGACCUGCAGACGCAGCUCAGCCAUGAGAUCCAGAGUGAUGUGCUCACCAUCAACUGAAGGCGUCUCACUAACUUUGUAAUGAUCACAUGUCACUGUCACAUUCAUGUCUGUGGAAUUUAUGGAUUCUUCCAGACCCUGUGCAGGGGAGUUAGUCCCAGAAUGAUCCAACUAAAGUUUUGUUGCCUUUAGUGAAUCAUUUGAUUGUGUUAAAUAAAUCGUUUUUGGAAGAACA